AUGGAUAUGCCCAGGUCAACAGCAUUGGCCAUCCUCACACAUCUAGAUACGACGUAUGGAAAAGUCAAUGCCGAUGAUCUCGAGGACAACAUGAAAAGGAUGCAUGCUCAGUGGAGUCCUACUCAACCCAUUGAAGACCUCUACAACCAGCUCAAAGAUGCACAAAAAUUCGCAGCUGACCAUGACACCAUCUCCGAUAAAAUGGCAGUCAGAGCCGCCAUCAAAAACUUAACCAACAGUGGGGUAUUUACUGAUGCGAUUAAAGAUUGGAGGAAAAUGAGCGACGACGCCCAAACCAUGGACGCCCUCCAAACACACUUCACCGAAGCAGACAAGGAAAGACGUCGCAUCCUCACUACCAAAGAAGUUGGCUAUGCCAACAAGGCAAGCAUGAAGCCAGUCAACGAAACGGCCAACAAAGUCAUUAUGCACGGCAGCGGCACAGUCAUGUACUACUGCUGGACGCAUGGCCUUGGAACCAACAGCAACCACACCAGCAAAGAUUGCACCAAGAAGGCACCAGGCCACAAGACCGAGGCCAACGGCGAUGAUAUGCUUGGAGGCUGCUGCAUCAUUAGACGCAAGGCAGGAGAACGCGCUGUAUUCCGUCGCCCACAAAGACAGGAACGCGAAAACGAAGAAAACCAACAGCCACCUGCCAAUCGCACCUGA